AUGGCGUUCUUUACCCCACGAACGGAUUAUCAGGUUGUGUUUGUUGACAUUCCUUCAAUUGGAUCUCCAGUAAAACAAGGGGAGGAUAUCGCGAAUCUAGAAUCAGUCAAGGCUGUUGGAGAAGUCUUCUCACCAGUCAGUGGAACUUUGGUUCGUGCAAAUCCAAAAAUCACUGAAAAUAACGAAGCUUCUCUUGAACUUAUGAAUUCGGAUCCAGAAGGUGAAGGAUGGCUGGUGGAGAUUCAAGUCCAAGAUGCCGACGAACUGGCACCAGAAACAAAUCCCAAUCUGGUGGAUAAAGCGGCUUAUUUAGAGUGUUGUGAUGCCGAUGAUGAUCAUCAUUAG